UGGUAGUUCACCGAUACACCAAAACAACAGAGCUCCUGUCACACAUCUUCUCUCUGACAGAGCAGCAUCGUCCUCUUCCUCGGAGGAGAGUGGAGCCCUGUGGAGGAUACACAAGGGCAACAAAAGGACCCAGCGGCUUUCUUUAGUUUCGUCGUCGAGUUUAAUUUGAGACAUGAGUCAGCGUAUUAAUUCAACAUUCAAGCGUGCCAGCUAGUGCUGUGUGAUCUUGACGGGGGAGUAAAAGAGAGCAGAGACGAUGGAGGUGUCUGAUGGAUUACUGCUGCAGGUCAACAAUGGAGAGCAGUGGUGUAACCGCUGGAAACAUCCCAAUGAGGACUUGGACCGCAGCACAAGCCCCUCAGUCCUGCGCUGUGUUGCCAGCACGUGGAAGGAGGGUCUGCUCAACAGAAAGAGGCCCUUUGUGGGCCGCUGCUGUCACUCCUGUACACCGCAGAGCUGGGAGAGACUGUUCAACCCCAGUAUUCCCUCUCUGGGACUGCGCAAUGUCAUCUACAUCAAUGAGACCCACACCAGACAACGGGGCUGGCUUGCGCGCAGGCUGAGUUAUGUGCUGUUUGUCAUGGAGAGAGAUGUGAACAAGGACAUGUUCACACGGAACGUGGUAGACAACGUGCUCAACAAUAGCAGGGUGGAGAAUGCUAUCUUGACGGUAGCCACAGAUUUCGAUGCUGCAGCCAGCAAACCUGGCCAGGAGCUUAAAGCUGUUAGCAAAGUGAAGCAGAAAGCCAGAGCCUUCCUGCAGGAGAUGGUGGCCAACAUUUCACCAGCCUUUAUCAGGCUGACAGGAUGGGUCCUCCUGAGGCUCUUUAAUGGUUUCUUCUGGAGCAUCCAGAUCCACAAGGGCCAGUUGGAAAUGGUCAAGAAAGCUGCUACAGAGCAAAAUGUUCCCAUGGUGUUCCUGCCUGUUCACAAAUCCCACAUUGACUACCUGCUCAUCACCUUGAUCCUUUUCUGUCACAACAUCAAAGCCCCACACAUCGCUGCUGGGAACAACCUAAGCAUCCCUAUCCUCAGCACUCUUAUCCGUAAACUUGGAGGCUUCUUCAUACGACGAAAAAUGGAGGACACGGGGGAUGGAAAGAAAGACAUUCUGUACAGAUCCCUGUUACAAGCAUACACUGAAGAGUUGUUGCGUCAGCAUCAGUUUUUGGAGGUCUACCUGGAGGGUACCCGCUCCCGCAGCGGUAAGCCAUCCACAGCGCGUGCAGGCAUGCUGUCCAUCGUCGUAGACGCACUGUGCACUGGGUCAAUCCCAGAUGUAUUGGUUGUGCCAGUUGGCAUCUCUUAUGAUCGUAUUAUUGAGGGCAACUACAAUAGUGAGCAGCUGGGCAAACCUAAGAAGAAUGAGAGUUUGUGGGGGAUAGCAUGUGGAGUGUUCAGGAUGCUGAGGAAGAACUACGGCUGUGUCCGGGUGGAUUUUAACCAGCCCUUCUCCCUAAAGGAGUACCUCGACAGCCAGAGAAACCGUCAUAUUCAACCUUCUGUGUCUCUGGAACACACAUUGAUGCCCACCAUUAUAUCUGCCCAACCUGAUGCACAGCUGUUUGUGGGACAGGAGGAGGAGCAGUUAAACAGAGAGCUGCCGGAUGACAUCUUGAGACGACAACUCAUUAACAACUUGGCCAAGCACGUCCUCUUCACGGCGAACAAGACCUCAGCCAUCAUGUCCACACACAUUGUAGCCUGCCUGCUGCUGUAUAGACACAGACAGGGAGUUGUGCUGUCUAAGCUGGUAGAGGACUUCUUCAACAUGAAGGAGGAGAUCCUGUCCAGGGACUUUGAUCUGGGCUUUUCAGGGAACUCAGAAGACGUGGUCAUGCGUGCCCUCCACCUGCUGGGUAACUGCGUCAACGUGACCAGCUGUGCGAACCGCAAUGGAGAGUUCACGAUCGCACCCAGCCAAACUGUACCUGCGCUUUUUGAGCUCAACUUCUACAGCAACUGCCUUUUCCACGUCUUCAUUUCUGAUGCAAUCAUCGCUUGCAGCAUCCUGUCACUGCAGCGAGAGCUGGCCGUCGAAUCAGAGUUGGAUAAUCAGCCCGAUGGUCUCCAUAGUCUCCCUUUAAGUCAGGAGAGACUUAUUCGCAAGGCUGCCGGGCUCUCUUACUUCCUUAUCAAUGAAGUCACAGUGGCACCACCCUGUCAGACCAUCUACCAGGUGUUUCAUGAUGCAGUAACCCGGCUGAUCCAGUAUGGAGUUCUCUAUGUGGCAGAGGAGGACCAAGAGGAGCUGAGUCCCAGCCCCACAGAUGAACUCUGGCCCAAAAAGUUCCCUGAGCCCCUCUCCUGGAGAAGUGAUGAGGAGGACGAGGACAGUGACUUUGGAGAGGAGCAGAGAGAUCGUUAUUUAAAGGUGAGUGUCGCCGCAGAGCCCCAGGAGUUCUUCAUCUUCCUACAGCGACUGCUCAGCCCGGUCCUCGAGGCCUACAGUGGGGCGGCCAUCUUCGUCCACAGUCUUAGUCAGCCAAUGGCUGAGUCCGACUACACCCAGAGGCUCUUCAGAUACCUGCUCACUCGCACAGAGAGAGGAGUAGCUGCUUAUGGUGAAAGUGCAACUCAUUACUUGGUCAAGAACACAGUGAGGACAUUCAAAGAGCUUGGGGUCCUGAAGGAAAGAAGAGAGAACAAGGUGACGUCUCUGGAGCUGAGCAGCACGUUUCUACCUCAGGCCAAUCGGAACAAACUCCUGCAGUACAUCUUAGGUUUCACCCUGUUGUGACCGAGACCCCUUCCAGUCCAGCUCAGACCCCAGGCUCCUUCCAACAAAGGGCUUUAACUGGUUACUUCUACACGAUCACAGGUGCUACUCUGUGGAAAGCUUUACCAGGAAGUGCCUUCAUGUAACAGUCGCUGUUAGCUGUUUGCCGGAAGAGACUUGAAGCCAGUCUUCCCCUUUUUUGUCGCGGUUUAAGACUCCCUGUCUUAGAACUGCGCAGCUGAUAAAACCCAUGUAUCGCUCUUUGGAGGGGUUCCUCUCGGAAUCACCUUCUAUUUGGGGAACUUUGGCAGUGAAGUCAUGAGGUUUUAAUAAGAUCAAAAUUUUAAACUAUCACAAAAUAAACCCGAGCAGCUUAGUAAAUAAGAAUAACUUUUAUAGGAGUAACGACAAAGCAAGCUGCCUUUCGUCUGUACGAAUGAACAAAAUAUGCAUAGAAAUUAACGGUAAAUAUUACCAUAAACAACAAAGUCAUUUUUACGUUCCUGCUGGUUUGUAAACCUGAUGUAUCCUCUACAAUGCUCUCCACUAUGAUAUGUCAAAAAAAAAUGGAGUUUGAUAAAAGGAUGAGGACUAACAAGACUCUGUACAUAGUCCACAAGAACAAUCCGUGAUGUGGGUGCAUUUAAAUCCAUGCACACUAAUAUAUAUUAAUAAUAGAGGACCUUUAAAUCUGUUCCUGCAGGAUGCGUACAUAUCCACAUUUUUAUUUGCAAACAUUUCUGACAGAAUCCGAUAUUCAGAGUAGACAGCUUUGGUAAAGUAAACAGCAGAGUUAGUGACUCGUUUGAAAUAUAAAAAUAAAAAAAAGAAGCAGCAAAUCAGUGAAGCCGUGCAAAGUAUACUCAUGGCAAACAACAAAGUUGUAUGUUUUAAAAGUUGUCGCAGUCGAGCCUCAAAUCACAACCAUCUACAGUUAAGUGCAUUCACACCACUAGUGUCUAAGUGCAUUCAUUUACUCUUUUCUUCAUAGGUUUUUGAUGAAAUGACGUUAACCUCUGUUUUCUUAGAUACUUCUCAUUCGUCAAUGAAUGUUCCAUAGCACAGCACUUAACAUGCUUUCAUACCAGCCAUUAAAUCUACUUCAGUUCAAGUGCAGAGUUCAGACACUUUGUGGUCAUAUGCCUUUCAGGGAGGUCAGACAUUUGGGAGUUCCAUCUUUUUUUUUUCUGUAUUAUAUACCUGUUGUAUAAAAAGUUGUUCUGGCGUCACUGCUGUAGAGAACACAUUUGCUCAAAAGGUUGGGCAUUUGCUGGAUAUAGGUGCAUAGUGUGGUACAAAAUAAAUGGUACAUAUCCAUCGUGUUAUCCAUCUGAAGAAAAAAAAAUGUUUUAAGUAGAGCUAGUGUUUCUGUUGUACUGUCGAGAAAAGGAGUGUUGAAGAAAGGAGAGGUCGUUCCUCUCCUUUGUUUACUAAAAGCUGUGAGGGGCAGUGAUGUUUCAGUGAACGUUACAUAAGUCCUGUCUGGUUUAUCUGUCUUUGGUUUGUCUUUCUUAUAGAUAUGCUUUCUGAAAAAUAGCAGUAUGAAUUAUAGAAACACAUUUUGAAACAGAAAGUUGAUCCUGUCGGUUUAAAAUAAUCUUCUAAAAUGUAUGUGUCGCUUUAAAAAAAAAAAAAGGAAAAUGUGUUGCUUUAAAAAAAUCAAAAAAAUCCAGACAGGUUGGAAAUAACAACAUAAAACGUGAAUCAUGAAAAUCAGACACAUACCAGAACUCUUCAUGUAACAUUGAGCUUAAUUGUAAGACGUCAUUGCACAGCAGCUGUGUGCAUUUAGCUGCAGAAGUAACAUUACAGGACUCAGUACUUUGUGUUUCUCUGUGUUUUGCAUUGUACAUGAACAUAAAUGAACAGUUAAUCAUGGUGUACGCAGAGUUGAUAGGAUGAAGAAGUGGGUGUUUAUUUUGAAAGGGCAGAGGAAGUUUGAUAAAUUGUACCCAUUAUUGGAGGAGAACUGAAAUCCCGGAUUGAUAAUGUGAAGACGGGCAGUGUGAAUUUUAGAAAAUCGACAUUCACAAUCUGUCAGGGCAAUAAAGGAAAACUGUUGGUACAUAUUAAGAUUGAAAGACUAGUCUACAACACUGCUUGUUAACAAUUCAUUUAAAAGCUUUCCCUCGACCUCAUUUAAUAUUGUUAAACUGCAUAUUUUCAUGCGGUUUUUCAAAUGUCUGUAUGAAAUAUCACUGAUAUUGUGCUGUAGGAUUGAUGAAUGAAACCCAGAGCAUGUGAAAGAGAGAAAGGUAUGUUAUUUAAAUGGGAGUGAGAUGAGAGGAGCAUUUCUGAGCCUGUGAAAUGUGUACAAUCCCCCCCCCCCCCCCCCCCCCCC